UGGAGUGCUUUUCCAUGUCAUAAAAUCCAGUCAUUAUUCGGCAUCUUUCCGGCAACCCACACAACCAAAACAAACACGUGCCGCGCUGCUCGCCAUGGGCCUAGUGGAGAGGAAGCUCAAGGUGUUCUACCGCAAAACCAAGAAGGGUAACAUCAUCAAGGUUGUCCGGGAGCACUACCUCCGGGAUGAUGUGUGGUGCGGCUACGAGGGGUGCGGGCAGUGUGAGUGUGAGAAGCCCACACUGGACAUGCCAGACAUCAGUGACAGCACUCUGGUCCCUGAAUCUCACCUCAUCAUGAUUGACACCAAUGUGGCACUGCACCAGAUUGAUGUGCUCUGCGAUGACUCCAUAACAAAUGUAAUCAUUCCCCAAACUGUGGUCGGGGAAGUGAGGCAUCGAUCACUCCCCAUUUACAAGAGACUCAGAGACCUCAUUGAGACGUCAGCCAAGAAGUUUUAUGUCUUUACUAAUGAACAUCACAGUGAGUGUUAUGUUGAGAGGGAAGCAGAGGAGUCAGCCAAUGACCGCAAUGACCGAGCCAUCAGAGUUGCCUGCUGGUGGUACAAGCAACACCUCCGCCUCUGCAACCAAAAGGUGAUCCUCCUGACCAAUGAUUAUGCUAACCGGGACAAGGUGCGGGCGAUGGAGCUGGAGGCAUAUACAACAAGGGAGUAUGUGUCCAGUUUGAAGAACCGGCCUGGUCUGCUGGACAUUGUGGCCAGUGGGGAGGAGGACAAGGGGGAGGACACCAUCACCCAGCGCUGCCUCUACGCCCCACACUGGUCCAUGGACAAGAUACGCCAGUUUCUAAAGACUGGCAAAGUGCGCCAGGGUUGCCUGAAGACCUCACGGAACAACUUCCUGGAGGCCAAUGUGCUGGUUGAAGGCCUGGACAAAUCUGUGCUAAUCCAGGGCCGCCUCAACAUUAAUCGUGCCCUCAAUGAUGACACGGUGGCGGUGGAGCUGCUGCCAGAGGACCAGUGGUGUCGGCCAGCUAACGUCAUCAUUGACCAGGAGAAGCAGGAGGAGGAGAAUAAAGACAAGGAGGAGGCUGAUGAAGAAGCCAUCAAGAAGGAGGACGACCUGCUCGCUGCUGGCCAGGGGGAAGGAGAGCUGCAGCCGACGGGUCGAGUGGUGGGCAUCAUCCGGCGGAAGUGGCGCCAGUACUGUGGUAUCAUCAAGAAAAAUGAGAUCACCGAGUCUCUGCGGCACUUGUUCAUCCCUGCUGACAAAAAGAUUCCCUUCAUCCGCAUUGAGACAAGGCAGCCAGACCUUCUGUAUGACAAGCGGAUCAUUGUAGCCAUCGACUCCUGGCCAAGGGACUCCAGGAACCCCAAGGGUCACUUUGUCCGGAUCAUUGGCCCAGUGGGAGACAAGGAGGCAGAGAAUGAGGUCAUCUUGCUGGAGCAUGACUGUCCCCACACCAAGUUCUCUGAGGCAGUACUGAACUGCCUCCCCAAGAUGCCCUGGAUCAUCACUGAGAAGGAUGAAGCAGAACGGAAUGACCUGCGACACCUUGACAUCUGUUCCGUUGAUCCCAUCGGCUGCACAGACAUCGAUGACGCACUUCACUGCAGGAAGCUGGCAAAUGGAAACUUUGAGGUGGGUGUGCACAUUGCCGACGUGUCUCACUUCAUCCGGCCCAACACAGCCUUGGACAAGGAGGCACAGAACCGCAGCACCACGGUGUACCUCACUACGCGUCGCAUUGACAUGGUGCCUGACCUCCUCAGCAGCAAUCUAUGUUCUCUCCGUGGAAACGUGGACAGAUUUGCCUUCUCCGUCAUCUGGGAAGUGUCUCCAAAGGCAGAGGUUUUGUCCUUCAAGUUCUGCAAGUCAAUCAUCAGGUCUCGGGGAGAAAUGAGCUAUGAACAAGCACAGCAACGAAUUGAUGAUCCAAACAUGCAGGAUGACCUGACAAACUCACUCAGAAACCUAAACAUGUUGGCCAAGCAACUGAAAAAGAAGAGAAUAGAUGCUGGGGCCCUGGUACUAGCCAGCAUGGAGGUGAAGUUCCACGUUGAUCCUGACACAGACACAGUGGUGGACAUUGUGGCCAAGCAGCACCUGGAGACCAUGAGCAUGGUGGAGGAGUUCAUGUUGCUGGCCAAUGUCACUGCAGCAGAAUGCACUCUCAAGCACUUCCCAGAUUGUGCCUUGCUGCGUCGUCACCCAGCUCCUCCACACUCCAACUUUGAGCCUCUCCUGCUGUCUGCCAAAAGUCAGGACAUUGAGUUGGACGUCAGCAGCAACAAAGCCUUGGCCGAGAGUCUGAACAGUGUGACACGGGACAACAAUCCUUUCUUCAACAGCAUGCUGCGCAUCAUGACCACACGGUGCAUGAUGCAAGCACUCUACUUCUGCUCCGGCACUCUUGAACCUGCUGAGUACAACCAUUAUGGCUUGGCCACACCCACGUACACUCACUUCACUUCGCCCAUCAGAAGGUAUGCCGACAUCAUCGUGCACAGACUGCUUGCAGUGAUCAUUGAAGCUGAUCGAACAUACCCAGACCUGCUCAACCCCAAAAAACUGGCAGACCUCAGCCAACACAUCAACUACCGGCACAAGAUGGCCCAGUAUGCCGGCAGAGGUUCAGCAGUCAUCACAGCAAUUGCAUCACUACGAGGAAAAACUUCUGAAUUUGAUGCUUACGUGUUGAUGCUCCACAAAAAUGCAAUUCAAGUUUUAGUCCCAACCAUUGGACAGCAGCUGACUCUGUACUUGGAUAAGAGAGAAAAGAAGAAGGAAGAGAAGACAAAGCCCACCAAGGGAGCAGAGCCAAUGGAGGUGGAUGAGACACCUGCACCACAGUUUGAGUUCAAUGAAAAGGAGCUGUUUGUUAAGUGUGGUUCUGUCAUCAUCCGUCCAUUUGACCACCUCAAGAUCCAGGUGACUGUUGACACUUCAGAUGUACAGCACCAACGUGUUGUGUCCAAAUUGAUUGAGCCAGUCAUCCCAGGCUUCUCUGUUCCUCCUUUGAAAAGAGAAAGUAGUGAAUCCAAGGAGACUACUUCCAAGAAAAGAAAAAAAUAGUCUUUAAGAUCAGGAGUGUUUGGCAAGUACAAAUCCUAUAUCUGAAUGUUAUUGUGAAAAGUGAGAGCUUGCAAGCUGGUGUAAUGCUCACGAAGGCUUUGGAGAAGGAAGUAAAUGUUUUAUACUACUGUUG